AUGGCGCGCUGGAGACUUCGGAUGGAAGACUUUGGGCGGCGGCAGGAGGGCGGCAACCGGACGAGCGAAGCCUGGCACCAACCACGCUGGGCCUCGAAGGCCUCGUCGCUCUCAAAAGGCGCCCCAGAGCGGCCUCCGAGCAGCGGCGGCUCGACCCGCUGCCCGUCCUCCGCACGGGGAAGGCAGUCGCCGGCUCCCAGCGUGGAGACCAGGGCACCCUCCCCGAGCAGCCCAAGAACCUGUUGGGCCCAGCCAGCUCCGCCAAGCUUGAGAGCAAGCAGUGACACCUGGGCUACACGUGUUGACUCAAAGCAAAGAGGACAGGAAAAAGACUUUCCCGCGACCUACAGCAUCAAGCCUGGAGACCUUGUAGGAUCUCUGCUUCCAGACUAUGAGCUUUGGGUGACUUUGCAUGGUGGGAAUGGCCGCUGGCAGCAGGCCCGCGCUCAGAAUCAAUGGGCGCAGAUGCUGGUUGAGCACGAGGCAGCUAUGGCCGCGAAAAAGCUGGAGACAGAGCGCCAGCGCCUGCGCCGUGCAGAGGUCGCGCGAAUACGGCGUGCUGAAGAGGAGGAGCUCCGACGACGCGUGGAGGAGGCAGAACACGACAAGCGACGAAGAAAGGAAGAAGAGCUCCGAUUGCAGAUGCAGCGAGAGGAGGAGGCUCGCCGGGCGAAGCUGGAAGAAGAGCGCCUUCUGGAGCUGAUGCAGCCGCGGAAGUGCCAGAAGUGCGAAGGUUCUGGCCGCUGCGCCAACUGCCAGGGAGAGGGCUCCGUGGACGUGCUUUUCCUCGCGCCGUCGGUGGGUUCCAGGCCGAUGCCCAUCUUGCAGGGCCGUCGCCCCCGAGGCUGCAGGCUCUGCGGUGGAGCCGGCGACGGCGCCCUCCUCCGGGACUUCGUUGCGGGGAGCGGCAGAUGUGACAUCUGCAAGGGCGAGCGCUUCAUCAAGCCACCCCCAGGCAGAGCCCUUCCCGAGUCUGCGAUGACGGUGGCUGCGCUGGACACUGACAGGUUUCAUCUCACGUUUCUCAAGUUGCAGGAUGACGCGGCCCUGGCACUGAGUGCUCCGGCUGAGCGGGGACGCAGCAGCGGAGCUUCCACGCACGCCCAGCGCAUCGCAGCGACGCCAUGGAAAGGGAAUGCAAGACGCGCUGAGAGGCCCUGCGUCCAGGCCUUUGCCCAGGAGGCCGGAUCAUGGGCCUCGGGCCUCGCCUUGGGGGGCGUCUCGGAGCUCUGGGACUCUGGGGCAGAGUGCCAGGUCGGAUCCACACUGCGAGUCUGCGCACUUCUGGGUUUGCCUUUUCUCGUGGUCGUAGGCCUGUCGCGAGACAAAUGCAAAAAGGCCGUUGAGCUGUCACAACUCGGAGUGGAUCCAGGUGUUUCGCUGGUGAAGCCGCCGCUACACUUGGAAGUCCACGAGGUUCUGCGAGGACUUCGGGCUGCCGGACUAAGCCUCCUCGGCCUGACGGCUCACAGUGCAGGAGGCGAAGCCAAGCCUAUAUGGAAUUUGAGAUUAACAUGCCCAGGUGUGGCCUUUGUUUUCGGCCGAGAACAUGACGGAAUUCCACCGGAUGCAGAGAUGUUGCUGGAUGAGGCUGCCACAAUUCCCAUGGUCGUUGACGGCGAGAAGGGAAGCCUCAACGUGUCCCAUGCGGCCGCGCUUGUUUUGUAUGAACGGCGGAGAAAAACCUUGCUGCGGCCCUAG